AUGGGGAAGCUCAAUAUUGCCCACCAUAAAUCCUACCACCCUUACAGGUUGGACAAUAUCGAGCGUGUGCGGCGCGAUGAAGAGGCUGCGAGGCUUAAGGCAGAGGGGGAGGAAGAUCGAAUGCGUGUCGCCGAUGCAGAGGCACGAAUGGAUGCUCUGCGAAAGCGAGCAGGUGUAUCUGGAACAAGCGUAGAGCUGGAGGGUGCACUCGUAGUCACAGAACCGAGCGCGGGUCCUAGCACUGGACGGGACGAAGCGGACAGACUCACGACGGCACGGGGACACAUAAAUCUCUUUGCAGAUAUCGAGCAGCAAUCCAUAUCCGAGGCAUUGCGCAAGGUCAAGAAGAGCGUACCUGCCGAAACGGAGAAGGGCGUGCCGUUAGCCCCAUCGGAAAAGGACCUCAACCCGUGGUACUCGGAUAAGAGCGGGAAGGGGAAGGAGGUGGACGAUGGCCGGAGGACACGAGACCUAGCACGCCAAUCCCGCGACGACCCCCUCACCUUUAUCAACUCCCAACUCUCGUCCUCCUCUACCUCGUCCUCACGUUCCAAACCUCCCCCUAGACGGGCCCGCCAACGCCGCUCCCCCUCGCCCUCCAUGCCGCCUCCCAAAUCUUCUCCGCUGUCCCUGCAAGAGUCCCGCCUGUCCCGUGAAUCUUCUGAGCGGCAGCGCGCUCUCGCGCUGAUCGCCCGGAAGAAGCGCGAGAUGGCCGGGAGCGAGACGCCGAGCACGGUCUAUGACGAGGACCGCACUACCUACGGUGACCAGUACAAUAGGCAGGAAGUGAGGGAGGCACAGAGGGAGCGGGGCAGGGGCAAUAGAGGUAUUCGGGACAGGCGGUGGUGAGGACCGGUGUGUAUAAUUAUUCCGCUUCAGGUGGUCGCGGACUGUACGAUAAUGUUAUACUAUACGUCCUCUGCCCUCGAGUGAGGAGACUAUACAAUGGUGCAACUACGCCGUAAACGCGCCGCAGACGCGGGCGUGCGGAAUACUGCUACCGCCUCCUCUCGCCCUUGUGCAUGAACUCAUAGCACGCCUUCCCCGGCUCGACGCCUAGUAUCUCCUGUACCCGUUCGAGCGGUAACUCGCACAACUCCCUCACGCUCCCUACCUUCCCCAUCACGAAAUGCACGUUCUUUGCCGUCACCCC